AAUGUUCAAGUUCCAAACAUUUCAAUGGGCUUUUAUUACUUUCUCCAUUAUUGUAAUAUGCGAUGGGGCUAAACUUCGCUAUCGCCCAGUAAACACAGCUGUAUUCAAAGACAGUUCUGCACUUUUAAAUUGCUCAGCUAUAGAUGCACCAGGUUAUUACGAAUAUACAAAUUGGGUAUUUAAAGCAAGUCAAAUCAGUGAUCAUUAUAUUAUUGCCAACAACUACGACAUCUUGCCACACCAUCAAAGCAGAUUUAAACUACCGGAUGACGACACGUAUCACCUUCUCAAUACAAAAGUAGAUGAAUAUACAACUGGAUUGUAUGAAUGUGUAGGGUUCCGUAAUGGCAGCAGAGACACUUACUAUCAUGCAUAUCUUUCAGCAAUUGACGAAACUCCUAAUUGUGCGAAGGUUGAUGUACCAAAUCAAGAUUAUGAACAAAAUAAAGAUAUCGCUUAUUGCCAUACGGAAUACGCUGGAAAUUGGGCACCAAGUGUAAAGAUAGAGACAGCUAACAAUCUCAUGAAUUUCGCUCAAUUUACAAGUCAUGAUGAUAAUCCUGGUUCUUCCAAAGCUAAAUAUUCGACUGUAGGAGCCUGUGCUCUCAUUGAUAAGGGCGCGUCGUUCAAAUGUGCUUUUGAUUUUGAAGCUCCCCCAUAUGAUCUUGUUUUUGACAAAAGUUAUCAUGAUGAGCCUCCAGAAUUUUCUGGAACUACUUGUGAGAAUCCUGCCAGUGUAGACACCAAUGUACCAGCUUAUUUGAAGGAGAAGUGUCUGGAAUUUCUUAAACUUCCUGAUAAGAAUACGAGACUAACCAACACUGUUGCCAGAUUUAACGCUUCAACAGUAUUAAAAUGCAACGAUAUUAACGAAAAUGAACACGACGCUGGCGUUUAUACUCUUACUCAAAGUCAAACUGGUGAAGGUUGGAUUCUUACAAACUCAUUUGAGGUUGUUGAGCAUUUAAAAAAUAUCUUUCGAUUCGCAACGCCAAACAUUUUUGAUCUUACUGUUCUGGAUACAACAACUCAGCUGACAGGCAAAUAUUCUUGCUCUGGUUUUAAAAACGGCAAUUUGACUGAUUCUUAUUCAGCUUUUGUCGUUGCCAUGGCUACACCAAACUGUAAAAGAAAAACGCAUGCAAACUUGGGUAAUAACCAAAAUCUUGCUUUUUGCUUCAACGACUACAGUGGAAACUGGGCACCUAAAGUUACUAUGACUGAUAAGGACGACAAGGUGUUAACCUUGGGUACUUUUGACGAGCCAAGGAUCGGCAGUUUCGCUCCAGUUUCAAGAAUCGGAGCAUGUGCUAUUGUAACUGAUGAUGUUCUUGAUAGCUUCAAGUGCUCAAUGAAAUUUGGAGCCCCUCCAGAAGCCUUAAUUAAAGAUUUUAUUACUGAUCGGAGUGAACCUAAUGAAGCUCCAGAAACUUGUACAUCAAGUGACGGAUUGCCUUCAAUUCCUGACUGGAUUAUGACGAAAUGCGAGGACUUUUUCAACAUUGCUCAUGAAUCGACAACCAUCACUCCGACCACCAAACUAACUACCAAACCAACCACUCAACCUCUGAAAUUUCGCUAUCGCCCAGUAAACACAGCUGUAUUCAAAGACAGUUCUGCACUUUUAAAUUGCUCAGCUAUAGAUGCACCAGGUUAUUACGAAUAUACAAAUUGGGUAUUUAAAGCAAGUCAAACCAGUGAUCAUUAUAUUAUUGCCAACAACUACGAAAUCUUGAUACACCUUCAAAGCAGAUUUAAACUACCGGAUGACGACAACUAUCACCUUCUCAAUACAAAAGUAGAUGAAUAUACAACUGGAUUGUAUGAAUGUGUAGGGUUCCGUAAUGGCAGCAGAGACACUUACUAUCAUGCAUAUCUUUCAGCAAUUGAUGAAACUCCUAAGUGUGCGAAGGUUGAUGUACCGAAUCAAGACUAUGUACAAAAUAAAGAUAUUGCUUAUUGCCAUACGGAAUACGCUGGAAAUUGGGCACCAAGAGUAAAGAUAGAGACAGCUAACAAUCUCAUGAAUUUCGCUCAAUUUACAAGUCAUGAUGAUAAUGCUGGUCCUUCAAACGCUAAAUAUUCGACUGUAGGAGCCUGUGCUCUCAUUGAUAAGGGCGCGUCGUUCAAAUGUGCUUUUGAUUUUGAAGCUCCCCCAUAUGAUCUUGUUUUUGACAAAAGUUAUCAUGAUGAGCCUCCAGAAUUUUCUGGAACUAUUUGUGAGAAUCCUGCUAGUGUAGACACCAAUGUACCAGCUUAUUUGAAGGAGAAGUGUCUGGAAUUUCUUAAACUUCCCGAUAAGAAUACAAGACUAACCAAUACUGUUGCCAGACUUGACGCAUCAACAGUAUUAAAAUGCAACGAUAUUAACGAAAAUGAACACGACGCUGGCGCUUAUACACUUACUCAAAGUCAAACUGGUGAAGGUUGGAUUCUUACAAACUCAUUUGAAGUUUAUGAUCACUUAAAAAACCUAUUUCGAUUCGAAACGCCAAACGUUUUUGAUCUUACUGUUCUGGAUACAACAACUCAGCUCACUGGCAAAUAUUCUUGCUCUGGUUUUAAAAAUGGCAAUUUAACUGAUUCUUAUUCAGCUUUUGUCGUUGCUAUGGCUAUACCAAACUGUAAAAGAAAAACUCAUGCAAACUUGGGUAAUAACCAAAAUCUUGCUUUUUGCUUCAACGACUACAGUGGAAACUGGGCACCUAAAGUUACUAUGACUGAUAAGGACGACAAGGUGUUAACCUUGGGUACUUUUGACGAGCCAAGGAUCGGCAGUUUCGCUCCAGUUUCAAGAAUCGGAGCAUGUGCUAUUGUAACUGAUGAUGUUCUUGAUAGCUUCAAGUGCUCAAUGAAAUUUGGAGCCCCUCCAGAAGCCUUAAUUAAAGAUUUUAUUACAGAUAGGAGUGAACCUAAUGUAUCUCCAGAAACUUGUACAUCAAGUGACGGAUUGCCUUCAAUUCCCGACUGGAUUAUGACGAAAUGCGAAGACUUUUUUAACAUUGCUCCUGAACCAACAACCAUCACUCCGACAACUAAACCAACUACCAAACCAACAACGGAACUAACUGCGAAAUCAACCAUCACUCUGACCACUGAACCAAUCACUGUACCAACUACUAAACCAACCAUCACUCUGACUACGAAACCGACUACCAAACCAACUGUCAAACAACCUUCUAAACCAACCACCAAGCAAACUACCGAACCAACAACCAUAUCUAUCACCAAACUAUCUACCAAAGGAACCACCGAACUAACCAUUUCGACAACCACAGAAGCAUCAGCUACCCAAACAAAAUUUAAUGAAACUCCUAAGUGUGCGAAGGUUGAUGUACCGAAUCAAGACUAUGAACUAAAUAAAGAUAUCGCUAUUGCCAUACCUGUAGGAGCCUGUGCUCUCAUUGAUAAGAACGCGUCGUUCAAAUGUGCUUUUGAUUUUGAAUCUCCCCCAUAUGAUCUUGUUCAUGAUAAAAGCUAUCAUGCUAAGCCUCCAGAAUUUUCUGGAACUACUUGUGACAAUCAUGCUAAUGGGGACACCAAUGUACCAGCUUAUUUAAAGAAAUGCUGUCUGGAAUUUUUAAAACUUCCCGAUAAGAAUACGAGACUAGCCAAUACUGUUGCCAGACUUAACACAUCAAUAGUAUUAAGAUGCAACGAUAUUAACGAAAAUGAUCACGACGCCGUCAUUUAUUCACUUAUUCAAAGUCAGACUGGGAUAGGUGUGGUUGUUUCAGACUCAUUUAAAGUCUAUAGUUUCUUAAAACACCUUUUUCGAUUCGCAACGCCAAACGUUUUUGAUCUUACUGUUCUGGUAACAGCAACUUACCUUACCGGCAAAUAUUCUUGCUCUGGUUUUAAAAAUGGCAAUUUAACUGAUUCGUAUUCGGCUUUUGUCGUUGCUAUGGCUAUACCAAACUGUAAAAGAAAAACUCAUGCAAACUUAGGUAACAACCAAAAUCUUGCUUUUUGCUUUAACGACUACAGCGGAAACUGGGCACCUAAAGGUAUUAUGACUGAUAAGGACGACAAGGCGUUAACCUUUGGAACCUUUGACGAGCCAAGGAUCACUUUUUCCGCUCCAGCUUCAAGAAUUGGAGCAUGUGCUAUUGUAACCGAUGAUGUUCUUGAUAGCUUCAAAUGCGCGAUGAAGUUCGGAGCUCCUCCAGAAGCCUUAGUAAAAGAUUUUAUUACAGAUCGAAGUGAACUCAAUGAAUCCCCAGAAACUUGUACAUCAAGUGACGGAUUGCCUUCCAUUCCCGACUGGAUUAUGACGAAAUGCGAAGACUUUUUUAACAUUGCUCCUGAACCAACAACCAUCACUCCGACAACUAAACCAACUACCAAACCAACAACGGAACUAACUGCGAAAUCAACCAUCACUCUGAUCACUGAACCAAUCACUGUACCAACUACUAAACCAACCACUGAACCAACCAUUUUGACAACCACAGAAGUAUCAGGCACCCAAACAAAAUUUAGCAUUUUCCUUCUAGCUAUAUCAUCGUCUAUCCCUUGUCUACUUUUCCAUUGAACACCACUAAUCAAUUAGCAAAUUAUGGUUGCUAUAUUUGUUUCUUUUAUAUGACUUUUUUUAUUUUUUUACAUUUCUCAUAUUAUUUAAAUAAAAAAAAGAUUAUUUUAUCUUUCAAUGUUAAUGACAUUGAAGAGACUGUUGAUGAUUUUAUGCUAC